AUGGCGGUUACGCCGCUCCGCACGGCGAAGGCGGCGGAGGGCCACGACGGCGUAGAUCUGGACCCCAUAUGGAGAGCUCUGAAAGGCGUUAGCAGCGUUCUCGGUCGCGUGGCCUGCGCGCUCGCCCCUGCGGCGGGCUCUUUUGGCACCGCCGGCAGCUGCCGUCGCGGUGCGUCCGGCAAUCUCGGCGGGAUAGCCGAGAUUGUGGACGGCGGCAUUGGCGGCCCUGCGGGUAUCUGCCCCGCCGGCCGUACUCUCGACCGAACCGGCAGCGUUUUGGUCCGUGUCGGCGACGGCCGUCCUGUCAGCAUAGGGAAAGGAAACAACCUUACAUGCAGAAGUGCACAAUCAACUCAUGGAACACGGCAACCAAAUAUUAAACUUGAAGACCUGCCGGAGGAUGUGAUAGACAGGGUGUUUUCAAAAUUGCAGCUCAACGAGGUUGUUCGGACCAGUGUGCUGUCAAGUAAGUGGAGGCAUAUGUGGGCAAUUUCUUCCAAACUAAGGCUUGAUGGCAUUGCAAUAUGUGGCCGACCUCGAUAUUUCUGCAACAAACCAAGCUACACCAAGGAAUUCAUUGAUGGUGUUAAUACGGUGUUGCAACAGCUUCGUGGCAAGGUGGUUGAAGAGCUUGAGGUCAAAUUUGAAUUUGAGAGCAUAUUAGUUGAUCAUCUGAACAAUUGGAUUAGUUUUGCUGUGUCAUCACUUGUGAAGAAUCUAGUUCUGGAUUUAGCACCAGCUGAAUUUGUGGGUGUCAAGGAUAGAGGUUUCCCAAACCUGUGGAAGCUUGAUCUGCAUCUAUUUGAUGCGUCUGAAAUGGAUCUUGAUGACAUGCUGUCAGGUUGUGCUAAUCUUGAGUGGUUGAGCUUCAUUAGAUGCAUUGUGAAUGAUGAAUUAAAGGUAAAACGGCCAUUGUCCCGUUUGCUGUACUUGCGCAUUGCGUAUUGCAGCAUUAAAAAGGUAGAAUUACAUGCAAAGAAUCUCAAGACUUUUGUAUACCAUGGGGUGCAAUUACCUAUUGACCUUGGCGAAGUUAAGAAACUAGAAACAGCAGAACUUUAUUUGUACGGUAUCACUUUUGAGUAUGUCCUAGGUGUACUUCCAAGUGUGCUCCCAGAUGCCCUUAUUACUGGAAAACAUUGGCAGAUUUUCCCAGCUGAGAUUUUUACGGCUGUUACUCCGAGUAAAUUGUCGUGA